UAUAAGAAGAAGCAGAGCAGUAGAUAAGAAAUUUGCUCGCCAAUUUUAGUUUAUUUCCUUCUCAACUUCCUAACUCAACUGUUUUUAGAUCCCAAAAAAAAAAAACCAAAAACUUUAAUUUAUUCAAUGGGUCACCUGGACAAGUGCCGCGUGUGCUCCUGCGGAGUGGCCAGCGACGACGAGGCCUACAAUCUGCUGCACCAGCCACACCUGGCCGUCAAGUUUUCCGAAUGCACCAAUUUGGUAGUGGAUCCCGACGACCAGGACAUCCUUCCCAGUGAGAUUUGCUCCGAGUGCUACGAGCUCCUAGAGAAGUUCCACUCCUUCCGGGCAUUGUGCAUUAUAGCCGAUAGAAAGUGGCGACAGAUAAGUCUGUGUAGCCAGAAGAAAAUCGACCGGCGAAACCCCGUUCUUGAGGUGGAAGAUGACGACGAGGAGGAGGAGGAGGAGGAGCUGACGCACAUGGUGGAGGACCUGGUGGAGCAGCUGGAGCACAUGCACGAAAGCGAGGAGGCGCUGGAGGAAGUUCAGGUGAUCCAACCCCUCUUCGAAGCCCCAGAGUUAAUUAUUUGCGAUAGAAACUUGAGUCCCGAAAAUUCAUCCCCAUCAUUGAUGCAGAAAACCACCACCAAAAAAGUAGAACCCCAAACCAAAGCUAAGGAUGAAUACUCGCAACUCAGAUUCAAGUGCGAUAUCUGCAGCGAUGAAUUUAAGGAUGAAAGACGUCUGUUCCUGCACAAGAAAGAGCACGAAGGACACAUGCUGUACCAUUGCACGGAGCCGGGAUGCGGCGAGGCGUUCAACCGCUACGAAAGCCUGAGGCAACACGAGCUAUGGCACUCGGAGGAGAGCACUCGGUUCGUUUGCAUGGAGGAGGGCUGCAACAGGAUGUACCGGCACAAGACUUCGCUCCAACACCACCUGAGCAAGGCCCAUGAUAUAGGCAAACCUAUAAAAACACACAUAUGCGAAUUCUGCGGCCGGGUGUUUAAGAACGCAUCCGCCCUUAAUCAGCAUCGGUUCACACAUGACGAUCAGAUGGUGCUGCCCUAUGCCUGCGAAAUGCAGGACUGUACUUUGCGAUUCUAUACCAAGGAGAAGCUUAAGAUCCACAUGAUGCGCCAUCAGGGUAUUAAGAACUAUAGCUGCCCCUAUUGUGGACUGAAGAAGACAACAAAGAAUGAGCUUCGACUCCACAUUAACUUCCAUACUCUGGAAAAGACCUGGUCCUGUAAGGAAUGUCCCAAAGUCUGCAAUAGUUCGACGAGUCUUAAUAAGCAUGUUCGUGCCAUUCAUGAAAAGGCCCGGGAUUACGCUUGCAAUUAUUGUGAGAAGAGAUUUGCCACCUCGGGUACCAGGAAGUACCACGAGAUGACCCACACGGGCGAGAAGAACUUUGAGUGUCAUGAUUGCGGCAAGAGGUUUAUACAACCAUCUGCCCUGCGAACCCAUCGCAAAAUCCACGAAUCGAAUCAGGAUCAGACGACAGCAUAUACUAUCAUGCAGAUAACAAGCAUGGGUUAAAAUGCCCUUUCAAUUACCUUUAUGACAAUAAAUCAACGGAAUUAAAUACACUCAUAUCUUAAUAAAUUACAUUUAUAAAUGUAAUCAUAUCUAAUGAUAUAUAUCUUAUGAAAUGCAAGUGACUAGUAUGGAUUUAAAUGAUUUUGAUAACCCUCAUGACAAUAAAUCAACGGAGUUAAUAAACUACAUUUAUAAAUGUAAUCAUAUCUAAUAAUAUCUAUCUUAUGAAAUGCAAGUGACUAGUAUGGAUUAAAAUACUAUUUUGAUAACGUUCAAGACAAUAAAUCAACGGAAUUAAAUACACUCAUAUCUUAAAGUAAUCAUAUCUAAUGAUAUAUAUCUUAGGAUAUGCAAGUGAAUAGUAUGGAUUCAAUUACCUUUAUACAAUUAUGACAAUAAUUAAAGGAAUUACAUUGACUAAAUUACUACAAGAUGACCAAAACGGGUCAAAAGUGCGGCGAGAGGUUUAUACGGUUUAUACAACCAUCUGUCCUGCGAGCUCAUCGCAAAAUCAACGAAUUGGAUGGUGCUCAGAAGACAGUAUAUAUAUACAUCAUGCAAGUGACUAGCAUGGAUUAAAAUGCUAUUUCGAUUACCUUCAUGACAAUAAAUCAACGAAAUUAAAUACACUCAUAUCUUAAUGAAUAUCUAAUUAUAAAAAUAAUCAACAGAAUUAAAUUGACUCAUAUCCUGAUGAACUACAUUUAUAAAUGUAGUAAUAUCUAAUAAUAUAUAUCUUAUGCAAUUUAAGGUCUAUACACCUAUUCUUCGAUAAUUUAUAAUUUAUUGUUCCGG